GUGCUAUUUUUGCUCAAGAUGAAGCGUUCAUUAAGUCUGCAACUGAUCGUCUUAUUGAUACAACUGGUAACUUUUAUGUAAAUGUUCAAUCGACUGGAUCUGUAGUUGGUCAACAACCAUUUGGAGGCGCUAGAUUAUCAGGUACAAAUGAUAAAGCUGGAGGACCUCAAUAUGCACUACGUUUUACAUCUCCACUUUCGAUUAAAAGACAAUUGAAGCCUAUACCAUCAUGGAAACAAGCUCAUAUGAACGUUCACAAUAUUCAUCAAGCCAAGCGAAGCACUGGUACCACGUGAGUAUAAUUAGAGGAAACAUAUGAAAAAAUAAUGAAUGAAAGCUUAAAAUUAAAAAUGUUUAAAAUAGAAGAAUUAUGAAUAUAUGACAAUACAGUGAAUAUCACAUGUUGUCUGAACAUGUAACCGAGAAAAUAAUUUGCAACACAAUCUUUGUAAAAAGCAACUGAUGAAAAUCUGUGAAAAUCUGAGUAAAUAAGUAUCACCAUGCAUUUACACAUAUAGAUGUGAUUAAAGGGAAAUACGCAGUAUGAACCUCUGCUCACAGUUUUCA